AUGAAAACCUGCACAGCAAUCGUGUUCCUGCUCCUGGCUGCCAGCGCCAAGCAUGCCAGCUGCUUGCAUGCUGAACCAAGCUGCGCUCACUUCUCUGAACUUCUGCCUGCACAUCUCAGAGACUUGAGGAUCAAGUUUGAGAAAAUCAAAGAUUAUUUUCAAUCGAAAGAUGAUGAACUUAGCAUCCAGCUGCUCGGCUCCGAAUUACUGGAUGAAUUUAAGGGCACCUUCGGCUGCCAGGCCGUGUCGGAGGCCAUGCGCUUCUACAUGGAAGAAGUCCUGCCGAGCGCCGGGAGAGCCAGCGCGCCCCACCAGCAGAGCAUCAGCGACCUGGGCAACACGCUGAUGCACCUGAAGGCGAUGAUGAAGCGCUGUCACAGAUUCCUCACGUGCGAGAAGAGGAGCAAAGCUCUAAAGCACAUCAAGGAAACGUUUGAUAAGAUGAAUGAAAAUGGAAUCUACAAGGCAAUGGGAGAAUUUGACAUUUUCAUCAACUACAUUGAAGAAUAUUUGAUGAUGAAGGGAAGGAAGUGAAACCAUCCACGGGUCUGCAUCUUUCACACAAAAUCUUGCUAUCUUUCAGAAAUAUUAGGCUCUAAGAGCAUAUGAGAGACUAAGUUAUCUUAUGGCUCAGGUCAAAAAAUACAGGUCAAUAACAACUUAUAGUUUAAUACUGUAUUUAAAAUAGUUAUUAUUUUGUGAAAAUAGUUUAAUAUUUAUUACCUCUAAUACCUCAGUGUUUAUGUUUACAAAUUUUUCUGAAGAAAAGGGUGAUGAGCUUUUAAACUGUUAUUUAUUGUUCAAUAUUUUUAUGCUGUUUAUGAUUGUGCUAUUUUAUUCAUAGCGCCAAAACACCCAAAGCUGCACCCUUUUGGGGAGCAGAUAAUGAGCCAAAUUUAUCCUGAGUGCAGCUUCACUGAGCAAGGUCAGUCUGAGCAGGAGCCCUCCCAGCUUUGAGUUCAGCAAAGUUUAUUUUUAAACACCUGUGUACAUAUGCUUCGCUGAAUGCGUACUCUCCUCCUGAGUCUAUCCACCUCUCUAAUUAUGCGGCCAAAUUUUUCCCUGCAUAACUUUGCCAGUGUGUCUGGUUCUGCAACUGGAAUUAGGCACUUAAACAUUCAGAAUUACCCCAUGGCCUUACACUGAGCAAAACAAUCAUGAAAGAAGAAGGCCAUUUUGUCGUCUUUGUGUGGAAAGGAGUGUGAAGGAGGAGGGUCUGCAAUGCAGUGAGCAACAUGGGAUAAUGCCACAGAAACAUCCUGUAUUAUUGUCUUCAUCCUGUAUUAGUCCAGAUUAUAGAAAAAAUAGUAAUAGGAAUUAAAUAUUUGGUUCUAAUAGAACUUGCGGUUAAAUGUUGCUAAUCAUUGACUUUCAGAGCUGCUGAGUUCUGACACUCUGCACCUUUGAAAAUUAUUUGUAAUAUUUUCCAGUCUUUGACUGGGUUUUAUUCACUGUUUGGUUCUUUGCUUCUGGGUUGUGUUUUUUUUUCUAGAAGACAUUUAAUUAACCACCAUUUUAAGGUGGCUUUGGUAAUUUGCAUUCAAAUUCAUAAAGGUGACAUUAUUUUUGUUUCGUUUUACUUCUAAUUUUAUGAACUAGGAGUUGCAGCAGGCAAAUGCUGCAUGGGAAGGGUUGCAACCUUUCCAGGGCAGCUUUCGUUGCCCAGAGCAGGUUCAGACACCCCGAGAGCCACUUGUUUGGGAGGUCCCCUUCCUCCUUGUCCCUGGACUUCUGUGCGUCCCCAUGAGCGUCACAGGAUGCUGAGCAAGAGGACAACGUUAUAACCCAUAGGCAUUUGCUUCUAAUAUUUAGAAGCACUAGGGCAACAAUAUCAUGAAACUGUCAGCUUGUCAUUUGCUUUACUAUAAUUUUUAAGCCACCACUGAAGAAAGGCUAUUGAUAAAUCAUUUAUUCUAUUUUCACGUUUACUGCAUUAGAAGGGUGUUCCUGCUGACAGCAUGCCUAAAACUGGAACUAGUGAUUGAAGAGCCAUGCCUGGCCCAAAGCAGGAAUGCUCUUCUGUAGGUCACUCCUCCCACUGAAGCCAAACAAGUGGCUCAAGGGCCGUGUUUGAACCAAAUACUGUAAAAUUUAAAUCAAGCUUCUUACCGGUAUACGUUAAGGUCAUGUUGAGCUGGGCUCUAUAUUCCUUUCUCCGCCAAACACUUCGACGCGAGUACUAUGGGAGAAGUGAGAGUA